GACGCUGAGACACGAGCACGCCGCGAAACUAUAUCCACUCGAUCACGCAACCAUGGACAAUCUUGGAAAAAUCUCGGCUUUUGGCAAGAACAUCUCUGCCUCGUUCACACCCUGGGCUGCCAGGACGCAGCAGUAUGUCAAGGAGCAGGUCGGCAAUGUCGAGGACAAGACCCAACUCCCUCCCGACUACAUCGAGCUCGAGAAGCGCGUGGAUGCGCUGAAGAAGGUGCACACGAGCAUGCUCCAGGUCACCUCGCAAUACGCCAACGAAGCCUACGACUACCCAGCCAACAUCCGCGAGUCCGUCACCGACCUCGGCCGCACCGUCUCGGAGAAAGUCAACCUCCUCUCCAACGCCACAUCCCCCGCCGAAGCCCAAGCCGCCCUCGUCGCCCCGCCCUCCGCAAAGCCCCAGCCCAAGACGUUCAGCCAUGCCGUUGCCCGCACCGCCCUCAACGCCUCGCACAUGCUCACCUCGGAGCAGACGGGCUCUAGCGAAGACCCGCUCGCCACGGCACUCGAGAAGUACGCCAUUGCCAGCGAGAAGGUCGGCGAGGCCCGUCUUGCGCAGGACGCGCAGAUCCAGAGCCGCUUCUUGGCGGGCUGGAGUACCACGCUCAACACCAAUAUCCAGUUCGCUACGCGCGCCCGCAAGAAUGUCGAGAAUUCGCGACUAAGCCUCGAUGCGACCAAGGCAAGUGCCAAGGGUCCUGCGUUUGUGCUGCCUGGCCAGCCGGGACGCAAGGACCUGUCUGAGGAGGAGUUGAGCGAGGAGGCGCGGGCGAAGAUUGAACAGGCCGAGGAUGAGUUUGUCGGUCAGACUGAGGAGGCCGUGGGUGUGAUGAAGAAUGUCCUCGACACCCCCGAACCCCUCCGCAACCUCGCCGACCUCAUCGCCGCCCAGCUCGAGUACCACAAGAAGGCCUACGAGAUUCUGUCCGAGCUGGCGCCCGUCGUGGACCAGUUGCAGGUCGAACAGGAGGCUAGCUACCGCAAGGCGAGGGAGGAGAUGUAGACGGCUCUACCAGCAGGAUCUAGGUGGAGACAUGAGACGAGAAAGAGGCACAGUAUGAAGUUUGGCAAGGGAGGCGAUUACUCCUGCAAGUUUGGACUAGGCGUAGGAUCUCAUACUUGAACAAUUCGUUAGACGUUAUGAUU